AGGUAGUCUACAUUUUCUUUGACUGCUUCUUGAUACAUGAAUUUGGGUUUGUUUGCAACUUUUGUCUGCUUUUUUUAACUUCACCUUUUGUGAUUGACUGAUAUGUUAAAAGGCACUUAAGAAGAGUUGAGUUUCUCCUCCUAUUGUAUCCAAAAGAUUCAUGAUGAGGAACAUAGAAGUGGAUGACCAUUAUUUAAAUCGUAGAAUCCCAGCCGAAAUUGCCCAAAAUUUGAAAGAUUUUUUUCCUGAGCAUUGUGAUCUUACUUAUGAAGAGCUUCUUCUACAGCAGGUACUUUGGAAUGAAGUUUUGGUUGCUUUCUUGAAUCAGAAAAGAGGAGAGACGUGCUUCUGUUUAACAAUCAGGCCCUCAGUUUUCAUAGGAAGAGGUCUUGUGUUCAUAGUUUCCCUAUUAUGUUGCAGGAAAGUGUUUAUAUGUCGAUUCAAGCAAAUGGCAGGAACAAGGAUAGAUCUUCUGAUCAUGUUCAAAAAAGUGACUGGAGUGAGUUCUCGGGACAAGAAGGUGAAUCUUCGCAGGUUGGAAAUCUCGAGUGUCAAGUAGCUCUAGAUGAAGCUUUAGCUAGAUCCUUGCAAGAGUUAGGG